AUGAGUGUCCAGCAAGAAGUCCAGCACGAGGUCACUGGCGAGAGUACCGACGGUUGGCAACCGUCGUCCUCGAAGCUUGUGAGACUCUACUCGCACCCAUGGACUCAAAUCCUCCUCAUCAGCUUCAUCUGCUUCUGCCUUCCUGGCAUGUACAAUGCCUUGACUGGUCUUGGCGGCUCUGGGCAGAUUGACUCGAGCGUCGCCGCCAACGCCAACGUUGCUCUGCUCUCCGCCACUGCCGGCACGGCUCUCUUCAUCGUGGGACCGAUCUUCUCCCGUGUCGGACCUCGCAUCUGCUUCUUGAUUGGUGGCUGGACCUAUGCGCUCUACAGCGGCAGUCUCUUGUACUUCAACCACCAUCACAAGGGGGCUUUCGUCAUUGCCUCGGGUGGCAUUCUCGGUGUCGGCGCUUCUUUCCUCUGGAUCGUCCAGGGAGCCAUCAUGACGACAUACGUUGCCGAGUCGCAAAAGGGUCGGGCGAUCGCGGUCUUCUGGAUCAUCUUCAACUUCGGCGGCGGGAUUGGAGCGUUUGUCUCUUUCGGUCUCAACUUCCAUUCCAAAGACGGCACUGUUACGGAUUCGACCUACAUCGCUCUGAUGGUCAUCAUGGCAUUUGGUUGGCUGCUUGGCGUCUUCCUCUGCUCUCCCUCGCGCAUUCGCCUCGCUCAGCUGCACAAGGCUGUGGAGACCGAGAAGCACAGCGUCAAGGGAAUCAUCAAGAUGGCGGCGAGCACACUGCUCAAGUGGCGCGUCGCUUGCAUGAUCCCGCUCUUCUUCUCUGCCAACGUGUUCUACAGCUACCAGCAGAACAACGUCAACGGCUUGACCUUCAACAUCCGCACCCGAUCCCUCAACAGUGCUCUUUACUGGCUGGCGCAGAUGCUCGGUGGUCUACUGAUCGGUCUGCUGCUGGAUAUGCCGUGGCUCGACCGCUCCCACCGCGCCCGCCUCGGAUGGGUCUUCCUCUUCGUCACUGGAAUGGCGAUCUGGGGCGGCGGCCUCGCAUUUGAGAACUGGCACGAGGACCGAAUGCAGCAGGGCCACAAGCAAGACAUCGACUACACGGAGGGGAGUCUGUCCACCGGGCCCAUCUUCCUGUACAUCUUCUAUGGGGCGUAUGACGCACUCUGGCAGGGCUUCUCGUACUGGCUGAUUGGCACCGAGUCCAACAGCACCGCGCGCGCUGCUGUCCUCGUUGGCGCAUACAAGACGUUCCAGGCCACCGGCGGAGCCAUGGCGUGGCGCGUCAACGCCGUGGGAACGAGCAGCAGGACGCAGUUUGCAAUGGACUGGGGACUGUGCAUUGGAUCGCUUGUCAUUUCUCUGCCGGCGGUAUGGACUGUCUCGAAGCAUACGGCUGUGGAGCAAGAGGCCGGGUACACCCCGCCGCCAACUGAAUCGAAGGCAGUAACGCAUGAAGAGGCCUAA